GCAGAGGGUAGCUCCUCUCCUGCCUGUGCCUUGCACUGCCCUAGAGAAAAUAGGGCAGAAGGAAGGCAGAUGAGUGACUCCACAUGCAGAGCUGCCUCCCUUUAAUCCAGGAUUCUGUCCUUCCUGUCCUGUAGAACUGCCUGUCACCAGUGUGGGCUGAGACAAGUUUGUCUCACAGAGCUGUCUUCUCCUUGGGGCCAAGUUUGCAGCUACUCGGUGUCACAUGCUGACUCAGUUUGGCACCUGACCACUCAGCCUGCUUCUUGAAUCUUUUGGGAGGACAGUGCAAGAGCAAAGCUUUGGUGCAGCUGGUGACCUGAGAAGCUCACCUGUAAGGGCUACAGAUGACACAAAGCCAGGGGCCAGCAGAUGAGCUCCCAAGGCUCAGGCCUCACAAGGAAACCAAGGGACCAGGGCUCAGUGUCCUUGUGAUGCUCACCCUCCCACCUGGUAAAAGGCAAGCUCUUUACUUCCUCUUAUGGAUUUCCACACAAUCUGUGUGCUUCUUCUUUUUCCUUCUGUGACUAUUUCAUGAUUUAAAAUUCACCCUGCUAUACAGGGCCAGCCAUAAGCUGUAUGGUGGAAAUAACUUAAACUGCCUUGGCUGGAGGAGGCGAGGCAAUGUGUGGGAAGGGACAGGGCGUCCUGGCAGAGCUGAGGACCAGUAGGAGGAGUCUGUGCCUGAGCGGAUGAGAUUGAGGGCUGCGCCUGGGUCCAGCUAACUCCUGUGCACACAGGGGCUGGGAAGAGCAAAGGCAGGGGUGGCUGCUGUCAGCACUAUGCCAGGCCUGCUGCAGAGGGGGGCUCUGCCCUGGGCGCUGCUGCUGCUUCUCUUAGACUUUCAGCUCCUGCUGACCCAUGCCUGGCAUUUCCAUGAGCAAAGGGACUGUGACGAAUCCAAUGUCAUGGCUCGUUACCUCCCCGCCACAGUGGAAUUUGCCAUAUACGCCUUCAACCAACAGAGCAAGGACCACUACGCCUACAGACUGGUGCACAUCUUGAAUUCCUGGAAGGAGCAGGUGGAGUCCAAGACCGUAUUCUCAAUGGAGCUCCUGCUGGGGAGAACUAGGUGUGGGAAAUUUGAAGAGGACAUUGACAACUGCCCUUUCCAAGAAAGCCCAGAGCUGAACGAUACUUUCACCUGCUUCUUCACCAUCAGCACCAGGCCCUGGAGGACACACUUCGGCCUCCUGAACAAGGCCUGCCUGGAAGGAUUCCACUGAGGGAAAGCCACUCCCAGGCCUGGGUGUGUACUGCUCCCACAUUCUGUGGUCAUCAGCACUUCUCUCCUGACAACUCUCCAGUGACGGACCAGCUCUGUACUUGUUUGUUAUCCUGUUUUGCAAGCAUUUGAGAUCUCAGACCAGCGUUUUAGAAAAUCCACACACCUUGAGCCAUUUAAUCAUGUGGUACAGAUCAUUAAACAUCAGCAUGUUCGGAAGCUUUGUGUGCUGUAGUUCUGGAUGAAAGGGGUUGAGUGUUUGAUGGAGUUACUCUCAUCAGGGCAGACAGGGAGGAUCUGGGUAGAUGGAUUUCCGAGCCAGCUCCAGGCGGCACAAGUGGUGCAUCUGAGCUGCUGUCUCAGGGCUCAGGGCCAAUAACCCAUGUGGCCAGAGGGACAGUGACUAUCUCCUCUCAGAUACCUCAUGUGCAUGAAUGAGCUCAGACAGGGCCUCGGGCUCCCUGGGUCUUGUGGCCUCUGCUCUUGAAGCGUGGCUCACAUGCUUUUCCUGGUCCUUGGCAGGUUGAUGGGUGGAGGAAAGUCUUCUAGGCUCAUCCUCAUAAAAUGGUCCUGACAUGUGAGACGGCAGCAGCAUCUUUGGAAAAUCUCUUUAAAAUGUUGAACCUCAGGGCCUCCCCACCUUUGGAAAAUAAGUCUGCAUUCUCAUUAAUCCCCAGGGGUGCAUGAACCUGGAUAACAACAUAAGAAACAUAAAGGAGCAGCAUUAAGCAAAAUGGAAGUUACACAAGAUUAAAGGUAUAGGAUUUGUUCAAGAAGGAAACCAAGACCAAGCUACUUUCUCCGAGAGGGGAGAGAUUGUCCAGUGUGGGAUGUGCAGGUGCAUGAGAGAGGCAGGAAGGGAGUGAGAGGGCUUUGGACUUACUUACAGAGGGUUAACCGAUUGCUUACUUCUGAACCAGCCUAGGUGGACAGAAAACCUCAGGAACAUAGGAAUUAAAUUGCCCACUUUUCAUGCCCAAUUACAUAGGAUAUUUUCACAAUGUUUAUUGCAGUAAAAAUCCCUGGAGUGAUACCAGCAAGUUGGCAGAAUAGAAACUUUCAAAAAAGUUCAUCCCUUCACAAAUGCCCCAGUUUGAGCAACUACGCAAACAUAAAAUAUCCUCACGGGAGCUAGUAAGACCAAGUGAUAGAUUUCAACACUUGGGUAGCACAGAAAUAAGAAAAGAAUGUUGAAGAGAGUAGUAGGGAGAGUUUUAUAUGACCCACACCAUCCUUCCUCCCACUCCAGGCUGUACAAUGUGGACAGAAAUAUCCUCUUCGUGAAGGAAGGUGAGUGAGUAUUAAACUUUGCCUCAGAUCUCAACACUGCACCUGCCAUAGUAAAACCAGUGCCAGGCGGUCCCACAGGACCCCAGCUUUCAGGCUGGCACCAUGGUCCAAGGCUACAGCCCCACCCCAACACUAAGACAGCUAUUGUGGUCCCAGGUUGUAGGCUAACCCAGCACUAGGUCAGCUCUGACAGGUAAAGGCUCCAGACUGGCCCCUCAGAGUCAGUCUCCAGUUACUGCAACCCUUGACUUCAGGUCAGCACCAGAAGAUAUACAAGCCUGCAUAUACUCAAGACCAUCCCCUGUGACCCUGUGCUCCAGUAAACCCAAAGAUCGGGCCUAUCUUAGAAGUUGCCACUGCCAGUCCAGGCUCUGCAAACCCAGGUUCUAGAAUUUCCCCUGCACGCCCAGGUUCCAGGCCAGCCCCCACAGUCCCAGGACCCAUAGUCAGCCUGAAGAGUUGAUGACACCAGAUCUGAACCAGGCCCUGUGCCCCAGGCUCCAAGCCAGUCCUCAUGAAUCUAGCCUCCAGGCCAACAUGCACACAUCUAACCUCCAGACUGGCUUCUAUAGACCUAUGCUCCAGACGAGAACUUGCAAAUCCAGGUUCUAGGACUCCCCUGCAUCACACUGCCCCAGGACCCAGGCUUGUCCCCAGAGUGCCAGGCUCAGUGAACCCAAGAUCUAGACAUGUUUCAGUGUAUCCUGGGUCCAGAACCAUAACAGUAGACUCCUGAACAAGCUUUCCCUGUGGACCAAAGCUCAAGAACCACCUGUGGACUCAGUCUUCAGGAUUGCCUCUGAAAACCAAGGACCCAGGCCUAUAGAUGUGGAAUCAGGCUCCAGGCUUUCUCCAGGGCUAGGCUAGAAUCUAUAGACUCAGGCUCCAGUUCCAUCACAGGCACCACUCCCAUCCCAGCACCUGGAUGGCCACUGCAGACACAGAUUUAGGGUUUCCUCAGUGCCAACUCAGCCUCUGUGGACUCAGGAUUCAGACUUGCCCAGUUGAUUCAGCCUUCAGGCCCAACCACAUGGAAGAAGGCUAUAGAACCAUCAUUGUAGACCCAAUCAACAGGUCAAUCCUGGUGAGCCCAGGCUGCAGGCCCAACCCCACAGAACCAAGCACCACGUGAGCCUGCCCAAGAACUCCAGCAUCAAGCUUAUCACGGACUAAUUCUGGGCAUCAGAUCCAUGCCCAGAAUUCUGGACAGAAUGAUUGGUGAAGGGCUUUUCCUGUCAAAGUCAGUCUAUAUUUAUUGGAACAAGUGCCUACUUAAAAUGCACAGUCACCAACACAUGGCCAUAAGAAUUGCAAACAAUCAGGGAAACAUGACACUAUCAUAAAAAUAAAGCACCAGUAACUGACCCUAAAAAAAGUGGAGAUUUACAAAUAUCUGACAAAAAAAAUUCAAAGUAGUUAUAUUUAAACGCUCAGUGCACUACAAGAGAAUAUCAAAAUACAUAUAAAUAAAAUCAGUAAAAGCACACACAAAUAAAAUUAUAAGAUCAAAAAAGAGAGAAACCAUAAAAAAGAACAAAACAAAUUCUGGAGCUAAAGACACAAUGACUCACUGAAAAAUUUCUUCACCAGUAGACUUGAUUAACCGGAAGAAGGGGUCAGUGAGAUUAAGAACAGGUCAUUUGAAAUUACCCUGUGAGAUAAACAAAACAGAAAGCACAAAAAGAGUAAAGAAAUCCUACAGAAUUUA